CCACUGCGCGCAGAGAGGGGAGAGAUAGAGGGGGAGAGAGAGAGAGUAAUGGAGCUGAGCUAGGAAAUCAGAGCGACUUGCGAAGCUAAAGCUUUCCUAGGGUUCGAUCGUCUGUUUCACAUCACAGUUGUAAGUUAUUUUUCCUGCAAUUUGCUUUCACUUCUCACUGAUUUCGCUCCUUACAAUCGGAAUUUUGAUCGGAGUUUGGUUUCCUUAAGGCUCCAUUUCUCUCGAGAAAUUUGUGCUUGGUUUUCAUCUACAAGCGACGGAAUCAUGAUAUUUACGGAAAACACUAGGAAUUUUGAGUUUAUGAAUGAGUAGAACAGAGAAAUACUGUUUGUUUGUUAGUUUUUUUUUUUUCCCUAAUUUUUCUCUUAACUUUUAGUUUAUUUGCUGCAUGAUUUUCGGCAACCAGAGAAAUAUAUCUAUAGAGCCUCUGUUUUGGAUCUAUGGAAAUUGCAGAGGCUGAAGUUUGUAUAGUCUGUUUUGGAUGUAUAUCUCUUGAUAUCUUGAAGCCCUGUAAUGUAUUGUAGAUGAGUUAUAUGAAUCUCUGAUGAGUUUCUGUCCACAUUGAAUGAUCAUCCGGCAUUCAGGAGCUCUUUCAAUGAUUUUGAGAUGCCAGGAAUUUCGGGUUGCUUUGCUUAGGGUUAUAGAACUAGGCAAGUGUGAAAUCACACAUCGGUUGGGGAAGAGAACGAAACAUUCUUUUUAAGGGCAUGUAAACCUCUCCGUAGUAGAUGCAUUUUUAAAACGUUGAAGGAAGCCCAAAAGAAAAAUCCAAAGAAGACAAUAUUUGCUAGCGGUGGGCUUGGGCCGUUACAGUAAGAUCGUGUCCUCCCUAUUGUUUAACAAUAAUUUAAACCCACUUUGGAGAAGGCUCGGACUUUUUUUAGAGCAGCCCCAAACCAUGGAAUCGGUGUGGUAUAAGUAGAAGUGAUUUAUAUUGUUUUUGUUUCUAAUGUUCUUCCUUUUGGGGUGGCAGAACAAGUUUCAAACAAUGCCCUCAAAACCAGGAAUUGUAGAACAAGAAGUUGCUGAUGGGGCGAAGUAUUUGCUGCAAUCAACCAAAUACUCUGAGCCUUGGUGGCAUGGCGUUGGAAACAAUACCAUCACUGAUGAAGAUGCUACCAAAACAUCUUCUGCUGAAUACCUGAACGUUACUGUUACCAGUGCAGCUAUGCUUUCACAAGCAAAUGAUGAAAAUACUGGGAAAGAAGUCCAGCAUCUCAAGUACAUUCCAUUUUCGACAUCCCCAUCCGUGGGCGAACGCCUAGAUCCAAAUUCCCAGAUGGAACUUGUUGGCCACUCGAUUGUUUUGACAUCAUAUCCUUUUUCAGAUGCACAAUGUUGUCAAAUGCUGACUUCAUAUGGACCACAAACAACGUUACCUCAUUUUUAUGGACUUCACCAUGCUAGGAUGCCGUUACCCCUUGAAAUGGAAGCAGAGCCUGUUUAUGUGAACGCAAAGCAGUAUCAUGGUAUCCUGAGGAGAAGACAGUCGCGUGCCAAAGCUGAGCUUGAGAAGAAAGUGAUAAGAAGUAGAAAGCCGUAUCUUCAUGAAUCCAGACAUCUCCAUGCUAUGAGACGAGCAAGAGGCAGCGGAGGACGUUUCCUGAAUACCAAAAAGCCGAACAGUGUUAUUUCCAAUAAAACUAUGGAGGAAGACAUCAAUUCUGGUAUCAACCAUGUAUCAGAACCUGUCAGUGAGGGUGGAUCAAAUUACAUGGUGGCUAAUGAAAAUGGAAUGAAGGAUACACUUGAUGAUCAACAAAAGGAGGACAAAGAGUUCAUGCCUCAAAAUAUGCAGAUAACACACGCUUUCUUCAAUGGUGGAAAGUCGAAUGGCCUUGGUUUAUCCACAUACAAUUCAAAACUUGCUGAUGAAAGCAUGCAGGUGAAUGCGGCUCCACAGAGGGCCAUCCCCAUCAAGUGAAAGUUUCUUGAUGGGAAUGGGGCUUCCUUCUCCAACGCUGUUUAACCAGUUUCACUGCAAAAAAACUCGAGAUUCGGUAAGAUCGUUGAUUCUUUUAAGGCUGUGUUUCUGGUUGCACAAGUUGGUGGAUUUACCCCCCUUCUCUGCUGGGAAGAACACCGCUUUUGGUGGUGUUUCUCAGGCAAUUCAUUCUUGGCUUUAGUUGAAGGAGGAUUAAGAAAUGCAGUGCACCAAAAAUGUGGUACUUUCGCUCUGCUAUUUCCUUUCUCUUUACCUUUUCUAUUUCCUAUGUAAUUCUAAUUCUGAAUUGUGUCUCUGAAACACAAAGAUUUGAUGUGUGCAGACUUGUAAUUUAUUUUAGACGCAGUUAUGUGCUGUGUAUCUAUUCAACUUUGUGUGCUUGUUUUCAGAUGAUAUUCAUUUUCAA